UUUGAGGAGAACCCUUCUAACAAACAGUGUAACUACAAAGUUCAAAUUGAAUAUGCGUAUUGUUCGCGUUGGAUAAGCCGCAAACGGACCAAAACGCGAACUUGACCCCAGGUUUGGUUCCGGAGCGCUGAAUCCUGAGAUAUAAGAUAGGCAGGUAACUAGCCUCUAGUGUAGAGAUAUAGGAUAUUAGAUGUAGAUAUUGCCCAACCCCCAUUUAAGUAAUUCAACGGAUCUUCCGCUAUUCCCGUUUCAUCUUUCUUAUCGAUAGGCGGCGUUGUAGGCUUGAAAGCCACUCAUCGCGAUAUCUUUCUCUCUCCUCAGUUACACUGUCGUGAACUGAGGUGAGAUACUUGUUCUUGUCUUGGUGACUUACUAAGGAGACCUGUAAAUAUCUAGUGCUUACCGCUAAUCGCUAGUUUCUUACACUCCCCUCCGGCCCAAACCAUGCUCCUCCAAAAAAAGAAAAUAUUCAUGUCCACCAGCUGGAUCCCUCAACAAACGCCUGGAGGUCCAUCUGCACCGCAUCAAUCUGAGCCCACAAAUACUAAGUCGCCCUUGGAGGAGGAUAUUGACAGUGCUUGUCGAUAUCUUCCGCGAGGAUUUCAACCCGAUGAUAGUAUCGAUGAGAUUUGGGAGCGCCUGGACCAUGCUUGGUAUGCCGUCCACAAGGCCGUCAACAACUUGGCUGGGGGUGCGGAAAUGAAGGACCGUCUUAGAAACGAGGACGAAUUCAAGGCUUACAUUAAGCCUGGAAGCAAUGCAGAGCAGGAACUUAUCAACCUGCUGGGAAGUAUGGGAAACAACCAGGUUCCCUGGAGUGAUUUGUUCAAAAGCGAAGCAUUCCUAAAGCCUGAGCGAGAGACCGCUUACGAUUUGAGCAUGGCUUUGGCCACCACACAAGCAUGGGGCACUACAUUCAAAGGCGACUCUGCCAACGUACUUUUCGAGAGUAUCGCAGACCACCUUGCCAGGGACAGGCACAAAUCUCCCUAUGCGAGGCUAACAAGUAUCAUAAAUUCAUCUGGAACUGGCAAGUCUCGUAUGGUGGACCAGCUUGGGACGGAAAUUAUCACAGUGCCUAUUUGUUUACGUCCGGGAAUCGAAGGAAUGCCUCCUCCUGAUCGGAAACUACACGAUUGGCUUGUUUCUGAGAUAGGCGAUAGGAAUACUGUGCAGAGGAGGCUAUUUGGAUUCGUGUAUUCUCUCUUAGUGGUCACUCUCACAAGACUGAAGAUCAUCGCGUCAGAGAAACAAGAUAUUGCCAAGUUACCAAGUCUUGGUGCUCGACGAUUGUCAAAAGAACCACUUUUCAGGAAAGACUACGGGUCAUUGGUUGUAGAUCGGCAAAGGAAGUUGGCAUCUGCCUUCCACGAGUAUAUGGCCAUGGGACAAUCACAUAAUGCUUCGGGCCUCCAUCGAGAAUCUUUCUAUGAUGAGGUAAUCAAGUUGGCCAGGGAGUGCAUGGGUCAGUGACAGAAGUGAACUUGAAUAUGGCCGGUAUGUUUUAGGACGCAAGAAGGAGGAGAGGGCCCACAAGAUGCGGGAAAAAGCCUCUGUCACUUCAUAGACGAACACAAUGUUUUAGAUUCUGAUCAAGGCCCACGAUGACCUCUGGUCAUCCUCGCUUUCGACGAGGCCCAUAUCCUCACCGAUAAACCAGACAGGCAAGACUGGAAUUUGUUCUCGGAGUCGCGUCGAAUUUUACAACAAAUUAAAGAUUUUCCGAUAUUCUCGCUUUUUUCUUUCGACAGCGGGGCGCUUCCACAAAUUCUCCCCAGAGAUUCAUUCAAUCCUUCCGCCCGGGCCAGGGAACCCGACUAUCGUCCCCUGAAUCCAAUUUCUGAAUUU